ACCUUCAUCAUUCCCUCCAUCAUUCCUGACUCGCAUUACCCCGCUGAUUGCUCGUGGUGUGUACGGAGUACGAACAGAAUCUUUAGCGUCACGGUCUUGACUCCCAUUAUUUCACCGCCGAGAUGACGGCAAUCGAGGAGCAAGAGUCGACAGACCAGGCCGAAACUACCAAAACGAUGAGCCCCGAACAGGACGUCGAGUAUCUUUAUUUAACAUUCGAAACAUCACUGCCAUCACCGGCAGGGUUUGGCUCGCAACAGCAGCCUGGUCAGACAGCUCCGCCACCAUGUCCCGACCUCAAGCAGUAUACCUCGCCCUUCCUAUGGCCGUCGUAUCGAAAGACGCUCACGACUGCCAUUGCUUGUUGUGUCACGGCCAUGGCGGCCUAUUCGGCGGGAGAGUAUACACCUCCGUCUGCCGAGCUUACGGCCAAAUGGAACAUCAGUGAUGUCGUCUAUAAUCUGGGAAUUACCCUGUUCACCUUUGGCUUUGCAAUCGCCCCGAUGGUGCUUGCCCCUUUCUCCGAGAUCAAUGGGAGGAGACCAAUCUUCGUCACCAGCGGGCUUCUGUACAUGGUGUGUCUAAUCGGUUGCGGUGUCACUGAUUCAUUCGACGGCAUGCUUGUAGCUAGAUUUUUCCUUGGUAUCGGAGGAUCCACCUUUUCCACCAUGGUUGGUGGCAUCAUUAGUGAUAUCUAUCACGCCCAGGAUCGUAACGCACCCAUGGCGGCCUUCUCAGGCGCCGUGCUCGUGGGUACUGGUCUGGGUCCAAUUAUCUCCGGUGCUAUCGUGCAGCAUACAAACUGGCGGUGGAUCUACUACUCGCAAGCCAUUGCCGCCGCUGUUUUCCUUCUGAUCAUCGUUUUUCUGCUGAAGGAGACUCGCGGGAGCGUCCUUCUAAGCAGGAAAGCACAGACAUUGAACAAAUGGUACCUCCAGCUCGAGGCGGCGGGCUAUCACGGUGUGGUCUUCAACUCGGAUGACCGACAAGAAAAGCAAGUUGUCCGACGGAUCCGAUGGAAGGUCAAGAGCGAUGAGGAACGAGAGUCAGUCGCCAAGAUGAUUACAAUCUCCUGCUAUCGGCCGUUCCAUCUUCUCUUCACCGAGCCGGUUGUCUUCUUCUUCUCCUUGUGGGUCGCCUUCAGCUGGGCUGUUCUCUACCUGCAGUUCGGUUCCAUCCCUCUGGUGUUUGAAACAAACCACGGAUUCAAUGUCGAACAAGCCGGUGCUGUCUUCACUGCGAUCUCUGUUGGUUCCAUCAUUAUCACCUUCCUCGCCAUCUACCAAGAAAAGUUUGCUCUUCGGAUGGGCAAGAUGUCCAGCGCUCCCGAAGGGCGUCUGCAUUUCACCUGCAUCGUAUCCACUCUCAUGCCCAUCGGGAUGUUCUGGUUUGGCUGGACCUCCUUUCCAUCAAUUCCCUGGAUCGUCCCCACGAUUGCAGUUUCCUGUGCCACCAUGGGGAUCUUUUCCAUCUACCUCGCCACGUUCAACUAUCUCGCAGACACGUACCAUCGAUACGCCAGUUCUGCCAUUGCAGCACAGUCUUUCUGCCGAAACGUGCUGGGAGGCAUUUUCCCUUUAGUAACUCGCUCCAUGUUUACAAACCUGGGCUACCCUGCUGCGUCCAGUCUCCUGGGAGGAAUUGGAGUGCUGUUGACGCUUGUCCCCUGGGUUCUCAUCUUUUACGGGCCACGGAUCCGCGCAAGAAGCAAGUUUGCGAGCGAAAUAAUGAACACUUAGAUUAGUUCUCCUUUGGUUCCUUGAGGAACCCUCCCCAAAAAGUUCUUCCAAAAAGUCCUUCCAACCCAGCAACGAUCUUCGCCCAUUUGCAGGCAACCUCGGCUUCCUCGAGAAGAGUCUCGCGGAGUUACAAUUAUAUCCUCAUUAGACUCAAUAUCUCUUCCCAGUGAACGCAGGUCUUUGAUCCUGAUCCUGGUCUAUGUCUAUGUCUACUAUUGAUUCAGUGUCGAUAUUAUAAUGAACAUAUAUAAUAUAUAUUGUUGAGACUGAAUCCUCCACUAGGAAUGCAUCUCUCUCA